AUGGAUAGCUCACAGGCGCCGCUCAUCUCGAGCAACCGCCACGACGAUGAUGCGCCCUACGAUACCGUCGACGACGUGCCUGGGGCGAGGGCUGCGGCGGGAAAGGCGACAGACGGACGGCCUGGCGUGUUCGUCCUGAUUUUGACAUUUGCGGCUGGAAUUAGUGGGCUGUUGUUUGGAUAUGACACCGGCGUUAUAUCUGCCACGCUCGUCUCGAUCGGAAAGGCAUUGUCGGACCGAGACCUCACUUCGAUGGAUAAAUCAAUCAUCACUUCUUCGACCUCCCUCUUCGCACUGCUCGUCUCGCCAUUCUCGUCUCUUAUUGCCGACCGGUUAGGCCGCAAACGGGUCAUUCUAUACGCCGACGUACUGUUCAUCCUCGGGGCGAUUCUACAGGCUGUCAGCUCUACCGUUCCGGCCAUGGUCGCUGGUCGCUGCAUUAUCGGCGCGGCAGUGGGUGCUGCGAGCUUCGUGGUGCCAUUAUACAUUGCCGAGAUUGCACCGUCGUCAUAUCGAGGCCGUUUGGUUACUAUUAAUGUGCUGUUUAUCACGCUUGGGCAGAUGGCGGCUUACAUUAUCGGCUGGGCAUUGUCUACAUAUGCGUCAAAAGAAUCUGGGUGGCGGUGGAUGGUAGGCUUGGGAGCUUUGCCGGCAGCUCUACAGGGUGUUCUUGUGGCCUUUAUGCCGGAAACACCGCGGUGGUUGGUAAAAGCCGGGAGAUCAGAAGAUGCCAAGCGCGUUGUUCAAAAGGUUAAUGGUGUGCAAGGCCGGUUUGAUGGUACUGCGGAUGCCAUCAUCAAGGAGAUUGAACUUGAGAUCCGGGAGGAAGACGAAACGCGACUACUACAGGAUCGUCAAACGUUUGGUCCGUGGAAUGGGCUCCAUGUGUGGUUCGAGCUGUUGGGCGAAGGUAAACAUCGCCGCGCGCUGGCAAUUGCAUGUCUUUUGCAGGGCUUGCAGCAGUUGAGCGGUUUUAACUCACUCAUGUACUUCUCGGCCACGAUUUUCUCCAUCAUGGGAUUUGAAAGCCCUACUUUGACGUCACUCAUCGUUGCCGUGACCAACUUUGUCUUCACACUUGUUGCGCUGGGCCUCAUUGAUAAAAUCGGCCGCCGACGGAUCUUACUCUAUUCAAUACCCGUGAUGGCUUUGGGACUGCUACUAGCUGCGGGUGGAUUCUCAUAUCUGUCACUGGAACAGGCGCCAGACACGGCAUCAGCAAAUGAAAGCCAGGGAAGAAGCGGCCCCGCCAUUGUCGUCCUUGUCAGCAUCAUGAUUUACGUCGCAUCUUAUGCCCUUGGUUUAGGUAAUGUGCCAUGGAUGCAAAGCGAGUUAUUUCCUCUCUCGGUCCGCUCGGUCGGCAGCGGAGUUGCGACAGCUACAAACUGGGCGGCAAACUUUGCUGUUGGACUGACCUUUUUGCCAAUGAUGGACGCGCUGAGUCCGUCCUGGACGUUUGUGCUUUAUGCAGGAAUCUGUACUGUUGGGCUUGGCCUUGUCUGGCGCAUAUAUCCCGAGACUGCAGGGUUGAGUCUGGAGGAGGCCACGGCGUUGCUAGACAACGGAUGGGGCGUACGAAGGUAA